CAGUAGGCGCCGCUCUCCUCCCGCCCCUCUCUCUGGAGUGAGGCGAGAGCCCCGCACAGAGCGAGCGAGACAGCGAGCUGAGCUCCGGGCGCUACCGCCACCGCCGCCGAGAGAGUGAGAGCGAGGGAGCAUCCAAGAGACCCAGCCCCCGUACACUGGCCGCCGCCGAGACCUCCGCCCCAACCUGGGCCAGCGGGAGCCGCGGCCACCCUUCUCUCCCCCCCUCACCUUCCCGGCCGGCAGCAGCGGCUGCACACGCCGGAGCGGGAGCCAGAGCCGGAGCCGGAGCCGGAGCCGGAGCCCGCGGCUAGGGGGCAGGGAGGUGGCUACCGCGGGCCGGGACUGACUGAGUAGCUGCUCCGCGGUGAGAGGACGCUGAGGAGGGGCUGGAAUUUCUGCCUCGUCCCGGGGCGUGGGGAGAAGGACCCCCAAGGUGUAGGGAGGGGGGUCCCAUCCGCAGCGACACAUGCGGGAGCCGGGAGCGGGGGCGGCGCCGAGCGGAGCCGGCCGGGUCCCCUGCCUCGCCGCCGCCUCGGCCACCCUCCCGGGGCCGUAGCAUCUCGCCCGGGUGUGCAUGAGCCGGGGCCCCAAGCUCAGCAGCCACCCCCCGCCCGGGGGGGCGGGGACCCCAAUGUGAAGCGGCGGCUGGGGUGGCGGGGAGAGCAGGACCAGCGCCGCCGUCCCUUUCUUACCGUCCCCUCCCCUCAGCCCCCUCGGGGGUCUUCUCCCUUGGCCAGUCGCCGGCCCCCCGGCUCCUCGGCAGGACUCCGGGAGUUCUAAGAGCCCCCUCCCCCGCCCCAGCCCCGAGGGCGGCGGGGCCGGGGGGGACCCGGGGGGCCGGCCGCAGCCUCCGCCCAGAGGAAACUUUACAAAAACAAAAUUGUGACUGUCCCGGGACGAGUGGCCCUGGAAGGGCUGAAGCCACAGCCUGAAGAGACCCAGGAAGAGGAAAAGAGGAGGUGAGCGGGGCUGCCGCCUCCUGCUCUUCCCCGGGAGCGCGGAAGAGACCCGGGUGGCCGCCUGGUUGAGCGACACUAGCACCGCUUCUUCCUCAGUUGCGCGACGGAGCCUUCCGCAGCUGCUGCCUCAGUCCGAAGGAGGAAGGGAACCAACCCACUUUCUCAGCGCCACGGCUCCUCUCUAAAGCAUCAAGGUAUCAACUUCUCAGAAGUCUCCCUGUGUCCUGUCCCAGUCAAUAAUUCCUUCACAAGAAAGGGAAUUUCUACCAUCAGCAAGAUUUUUAAAAGGCUAUCUAAGUAAUUGGUCCCACCUGCUGAAGGUUCCACCACCUCCCAACAGCACCACAGGCUAGCAAUCAAGCUCAGUUACUUGGGAGGCUAAUGCAGAAGGAUCAUAAAUGAUUACUUCGUUAGGAUAGAUUGCCAGAAGUGGAGUUACUGGGUCAGAGGAAUGUGAAAACCUUUUCAUCUUCUGAUAGUCUAGCCAAGGUCCAAGAAGUAGCAAGCUGGCUUUUGGAAAUGAAUCAGGAACUGCUCUCUGUGGGCAGCAAAAGACGACGAACUGGAGGUUCUCUAAGAGGUAACCCUUCCUCAAGCCAGGCAGAUGAGGAACAGAUGAAUCGUGUAGUAGAGGAGGAACAGCAGCAGCAGCAACUGAGACAACAAGAGGAGGAGCACACUGCAAGGAAUGGUGAAGUUGUUGGAGUAGAACCUAGACCUGGAGACCAAAGUGACUCCCAGCAAGGACAAGUGGAAGAAAACAAUAAUCGAUUUAUUUCAGUAGAUGAGGACUCCUCAGGAAAUCAAGAGGAACAAGAGGAAGAAGAAGAACAUGCUGGUGAACAAGAUGAGGAGGAUGAAGAGGAGGAGGAAAUGGACCAGGAGAGUGAUGAUUUUGAUCAGUCUGAUGACAGUAGCAGAGAAGAUGAACAUACUCAUAGUAACAGUGUCACAAACUCCAGUAGUAUUGUGGACCUACCCAUUCACCAACUCUCCUCCCCAUUCUAUACAAAGACAACAAAAAUGAAAAGAAAGUUGGACCAUGGUUCCGAGGUCCGCUCCUUUUCUUUGGGAAAGAAACCAUGCAAAGUCUCAGAAUAUACAAGUACCACUGGGCUUGUGCCAUGUUCAGCAACACCAACAACUUUUGGGGACCUGAGAGCAGCCAAUGGCCAAGGGCAACAACGACGUCGGAUUACAUCUGUCCAACCACCUACAGGCCUCCAGGAAUGGCUAAAAAUGUUUCAGAGCUGGAGUGGACCAGAGAAAUUGCUUGCUUUAGAUGAACUCAUUGAUAGUUGUGAACCAACGCAAGUGAAACAUAUGAUGCAAGUGAUAGAACCCCAGUUUCAAAGAGACUUUAUUUCUUUGCUCCCUAAAGAGCUGGCACUUUAUGUGCUUUCAUUCCUGGAACCCAAAGACCUGCUACAAGCAGCUCAGACGUGUCGCUACUGGAGAAUUUUGGCUGAAGACAACCUUCUCUGGAGAGAGAAAUGCAGAGAAGAGGGGAUUGAUGAACCAUUGCAUAUCAAGAGAAGAAAAGUUAUAAAACCAGGUUUCAUACACAGUCCGUGGAAAAGUGCAUACAUCAGACAGCACAGAAUUGAUACAAACUGGAGGCGAGGAGAACUCAAAUCUCCUAAGGUGCUGAAAGGACACGAUGAUCAUGUGAUCACAUGCUUACAGUUUUGUGGUAACCGAAUAGUUAGUGGUUCUGAUGACAACACUUUAAAAGUUUGGUCAGCAGUCACAGGCAAAUGUCUGAGAACGUUAGUGGGACAUACAGGUGGAGUAUGGUCAUCACAGAUGAGAGACAAUAUCAUCAUUAGUGGAUCCACAGAUCGAACUCUCAAAGUGUGGAAUGCGGAGACGGGGGAAUGCAUACACACCCUGUAUGGGCAUACUUCCACUGUGCGCUGCAUGCAUCUCCAUGAGAAAAGAGUCGUUAGCGGUUCUCGAGAUGCCACCCUUAGGGUUUGGGAUAUUGAGACAGGCCAGUGUUUACAUGUCUUGAUGGGUCAUGUAGCAGCAGUCCGCUGUGUUCAGUAUGAUGGCAGGAGGGUUGUUAGUGGAGCAUAUGAUUUUAUGGUGAAGGUAUGGGAUCCAGAGACUGAGACCUGUCUACACACGUUGCAGGGGCAUACCAAUAGAGUCUAUUCAUUACAGUUUGAUGGCAUCCAUGUGGUGAGUGGAUCUCUUGAUACAUCAAUCCGAGUUUGGGAUGUGGAGACAGGGAACUGCAUUCACACAUUAACAGGGCACCAGUCAUUAACAAGUGGAAUGGAACUCAAAGACAAUAUUCUUGUCUCUGGGAAUGCAGAUUCUACAGUUAAAAUCUGGGAUAUCAAAACAGGACAGUGUUUACAAACAUUGCAAGGUCCCAACAAGCAUCAGAGUGCUGUGACCUGUUUACAGUUCAACAAGAACUUUGUAAUUACCAGCUCAGAUGAUGGAACUGUAAAACUAUGGGACUUGAAAACGGGUGAAUUUAUUCGAAACCUAGUCACAUUGGAGAGUGGGGGUAGUGGGGGAGUUGUGUGGCGGAUCAGAGCCUCCAACACAAAGCUGGUGUGUGCAGUCGGGAGUCGGAAUGGAACUGAAGAAACCAAGCUGCUGGUGCUGGACUUUGAUGUGGACAUGAAGUGAAGAGCAGAGAAGACAAAUUUUGUGUAGACGAUAUACUCCCUUCCCUUCCCCUGCGCAAAAAAAAUAAAUAAAAAAUAAAUAAAAAUAAAAAAUAAAUAAAAAUUUAAAAAAGAAAGAAAGAAAAAACAGAAAAAAAGAAAAAAGAAGAGAAAAUGAAAAAAAAAAUCCCUUGUACUCAGUGGUGCAGGAUGUUGGCUUGGGGCAACAGAUUGAAAAGACCUACAGACUAGGAUGGAAAAGAGGAAGAGAAGACAAACCGUAACUGACAAGAGAGGCGUCUGCUGUCUCAUCACAUAAAAGGCUUCACUUCUGAUUGAGGGCAGCUUUGCAAAAGAGACUUUCUAAAAACCAGGUGCAAUUAUUUCUUUAUUUUCUUCUCCAGUGGUUGUUGGGCAGUGUUAUGCUGAAACAUCGUUACCAAUUCUGCUCGCCUGUUCUUUUGCCACUGUCACCUAGAAAGGAGCUGCAAUAAUAUCAAAACAAGUACUGGUUGACUUUCUAAUCAGAGAGCAUCUACAACAACCACAACAAAAGAUUCUCCAGUGGAAAAGCUAGGAAAAAAAAAGAAAGAAAAAAAAUACUGUGAAUUGUUUUUGUACAGGUAUCAUGAAAAGUUUUUUUUUUAUUUUAUUUUUAUUUUAUUUUUUUUGCCAACCAUUGCCAAUGUCAAUCAAUCACAGUAUUAGCCUCUGUUAAUCUAUUUACUGUUGCUUCCAUAUUCACUCUUCAACGCAUAUAUUGCUCAAAGGUGGCAAGUUGUCCUGGGUUCUGUGAGUCCUGAGAUGGAUUUAAUUCUUGAUGCUGGUGCUAGAAGUAGGUCUUCAAAUAUGGGAUUGUUGUCCCACCCCUGUACUGUACUCCCAGUGGCCAAACUUAUUUAUGCUGCUAAAUGAAAGAAAGAAAAAAAGCAAAUUAUUUUUUUUUAUUUUUUUUCUGCUGUGACGUUUUAGUCCCAGACUGAAUUCCAAAUUUGCUCUAGUUUGGUUACAGAAAAAAGACUUUUUGCCACUGAAACUUGAACCAUCUGUGCCUCUAAGAGGCUGAGAAUGGGAGAGUUUCAGAUAAUAAAGAGUGAAGUUUGCCUGCAAGUAAAGAAUCGAGAGUGUGUGCAAAGCUUAUUUUCUUUUAUCUGGGCAAAAUUAAAACACAUUCCUUGGAACAGAGCUGUUACCGCCUGUUCUGCGGAGAAACUUUUCUUUUUGAGGGCUGUGGUGAAUGGAUGAACGGACAUGAGAAAACUGACAGAAUAUUUUAAAAAUUAAAAUAAAGUUGCUGGUCAGUCUUAGUGUUUUACAGUAUUUGGGAAAACAACUGUUACAGUUUUAUUGCUCUGAGUAACUGACAGAAAAGGAACGAUUCAGUCUCUAGUGACGGCGUCACGCGCAAACCAGCGCGCCGAGUGACAAGUCCAAUGGUUCGCCUCCUUCUCCAGGAGCCACGACUCAAGCUGAACUGUGAAAGUGGUUUAACACUGUAUCCUAGGCGGUCUUUUUUCCUCCUCCUGUUUAUUUUUUUUUGUUGUUGUUGUUGUUUUAUUUAUAGUCUGAUUUAAAACAAUCAGAUUCAAGUUGGUUAAUUUUAGUUAUGUAACAACCUGACAUGAUGGAGGAAAACAACCUUUAAAGGGAUUGUGUCUUUGAUUUGAUUCACUUAGAAAUUUUAUUUUCUUAUAACUUAAGUGCAAUAAAAUGUGUUUUUUCAUGUUA